AUGGAACGAAACAGAGACUGGCUGUGUGUACUGCUCCUUUUGGUAAGCGUGGUUCAAGUGUCUCGAUGUGCUACCUGUCCCACAGAGUGUUCUGUAUGUGGGACUGAUGCGGGGACAGGGGACAUCAUAUCUGUAGAGUGUAGUGGGUAUAGCCCCAUCAACCUGGAUACAUCCAUCAAAGUCGCCAAACUUUCAGAUUUUGCUUUGCGAAGCACGGAGUUGACUGUGAACUACUUCCAAGGAAAACCAAAUCUGGAAUAUGUUCAGAUGAAAAACUUCGGAAUUAAGACUGUGGCUUCUGAUGUCUUCAAGGACAAUACAGCCCUGACAACGCUGGAUCUGAGUGUGAAUAACAUUGAUAUACUCACCACAACCACAUUCACUAGUUCUCCAUCUCUCACGGAACUUAUCUUGGACAGCAACUCCAUAUCAACCAUAGAUGACAACGCGUUAAGUACCAUAAGUGGGUUACAGAAACUCAGUUUGGCUAAUAAUAACAUUUCGAACCUGAGUGAUAAUGUAUUGUAUGGUUUAAGAAACCUAAAACAGCUGGAUUUGUCCAACAAUAAACUCACUUCCAUCAACGGUAUUGCCUUGUCGAUGGCUAGUACUCUUGUGUCACUGGACUUGUCGGGCAACUACAUUUCGUCUUUGGAUGCACUCCAGUUCAGCACCCUUGCAUCUCUCUCAAUACUCAGUAUUCAGAAGAAUGACAUAUUAAGCAUUAGUGUUGAUGCUUUCAAUGGUACAUCAUUGGCAUAUCUGGACCUCUCCGGCAACAAUUUUCAAGCCGUACCGUUUGGCUCCCUUUCAGUCAUCAAGGAUACGUUAAACACUCUUAAAUUUGUUGGUAAUAGGAUAUCAGGAAUUGAGGAAUCCAAACUCAUAGGGUAUACUCUAGACUUUCUUGAUUUGAGCAACAAUUCUCUGUCAUCAUUGGGACCACUUGUGUUUGAAGGUGCAGUCAUCAAAGUCACAAACCUUGAAAAUAACAACAUUGAAUCCUUCCCAGCUGAUCUAUCGACCUUCCUUUCUCAGUCGUCUGGUGUUUAUCUGUCUGGCAAUCCCUGGCUGUGUGACUGUGAUACAAUGUGGCUGACCCAAUCUGUUCGGGAUACAUCCUACAAGUUCCUGUCUGAGAAUGCAUCCGAUCCAGCUUGUGCAAGUCCCUCCAAGUAUGUUGGCACCAGUCUACAGACAGCUGCCAGAGAUCUGGAGGUAGAAUGUUUGACAACAACAACAGUUGAGACCUCCACAUCACCAACAUGUCCUCUUGAAUGUUCCAGCUGUGAAACAGAUCCAGUAUCUGGCCAGAUUGUGAAGGUGGUAUGUUCAGGCAUUUCACCAAGGGCUCUACCUAACACUCUGAAGGAAAUGAUCCUAUCUGACUAUCAAGUGCGAUCGCCGACCCUUGACAGAAGUCUAUUUGCUGGCAAAGUCCUUUUGGAAACAGUGGAGCUCAAGAACUUUGGUAUUGAAUCCCUGGCAUCUGACGUGUUUUCAGAUAAUACUAAUUUGACAGUUUUACGUCUGGAGCAAAAUCCAAUAUCUGCUCUUACAUCAAGCAUGUUUGCCAGUGUUUCCAAUCUACAGGAACUGUAUUUGCAAAACAACAGCAUCACAUCUGUUCCCGAUGAUAUCUUCUCCAGUUUAGGAAAUUUGAAGAAACUGGGUCUUGCAGGGAACCAACUGAACACGAUAUCUGAGAAUGCAUUCCGACGUCUGAACAGUCUCCACAGUCUGGACGUCUCUGGCAACCAACUGAGACGUGUGAAUCCAACCCCGCUACAAAACAUUGUUAGUGUGAGAACCCUGAAUUUCACUGGCAACAACAUAGCUUCACUGAACGUUGGUGACUUUGCAAAUCUGGUAAAUGUACAGACUUUGUAUCUGUCAGAAAAUCAAAUUGCCGCCGUCGAUGUAGACGUAUUCCGGGGUAUGCCGUUAGAGGAACUGGACAUGAACACUAAUAUCCUUUCCGCAGUACCCUCUUCGAUUCAGGAUGUGUCCUCCACUCUGAAAAUCUUAAAACUGAGCAGGAAUCGAAUACAAAAUAUUGCAGCUGGAGAGCUGAAUAAUUUGAAUCUUGAUCUACUUGACCUGAGCAACAACUCUUUAACAUCGUUUGACACCUCUGUGAUUGGAGGGUCCCAUAUAAAUGUGACCAACCUUGAAAAUAACAACAUUGAAUCCUUCCCAGCUGAUCUAUCGACCUUCCUUUCUCAGUCGUCUGGUGUUUAUCUGUCUGGCAAUCCCUGGUUGUGUGACUGUGAUACAAUGUGGCUGACCCAAUCUGUUCGGGAUACAUCCUACAAGUUCCUGUCUGAGAAUGCAUCCGAUCCAGCUUGUGCAAGUCCCUCCAAGUAUGUUGGCACCAGUCUACAGACAGCUGCCAGAGAUCUGGAGGUAGAAUGUUUGACAACAACAACAGUUGAGACCUCCACAUCACCAACAUGUCCUCUUGAAUGUUCCAGCUGUGAAACAGAUCCAGUAUCUGGCCAGAUUGUGAAGGUGGUAUGUUCAGGCAUUUCACCAAGGGCUCUACCUAACACUCUGAAGGAAAUGAUCCUAUCUGACUAUCAAGUGCGAUCGCCGACCCUUGACAGAAGUCUAUUUGCUGGCAAAGUCCUUUUGGAAACAGUGGAGCUCAAGAACUUUGGUAUUGAAUCCCUGGCAUCUGACGUGUUUUCAGAUAAUACUAAUUUGACAGUUUUACGUCUGGAGCAAAAUCCAAUGUCUGCUCUUACAUCAAGCAUGUUUGCCAGUGUUUCCAAUCUACAGGAACUGUAUUUGCAAAACAACAGCAUCACAUCUGUUCCCGAUGAUAUCUUCUCCAGUUUAGGAACUUUGAAGAAACUGGGUCUUGCAGGGAACCAACUGAACACGAUAUCUGAGAAUGCAUUCCGACGUCUGAACAGUCUCCACAGUCUGGACGUCUCUGGCAACCAACUGAGACGUGUGAAUCCAACCCCGCUACAAAACAUUGUUAGUGUGAGAACCCUGAAUUUCACUGGCAACAACAUAGCUUCACUGAACGUUGGUGACUUUGCAAAUCUGGUAAAUGUACAGACUUUGUAUCUGUCAGAAAAUCAAAUUGCCGCCGUCGAUGUAGACGUAUUCCGGGGUAUGCCGUUAGAAGAACUGGACAUGAACACUAAUAUCCUUUCCGCAGUACCCUCUUCGAUUCAGGAUGUGUCCUCCACUCUGAAAAUCUUAAAACUGAGCAGGAAUCGAAUACAAAAUAUUGCAGCUGGAGAGCUGAAUAAUUUGAAUCUUGAUCUACUUGACCUGAGCAACAACUCUUUAACAUCGUUUGACACCUCUGUGAUUGGAGGUUCCCAUAUAAAUGUGACCAACCUUGAAAAUAACAACAUUGAAUCCUUCCCAGCUGAUCUAUCGACCUUCCUUUCUCAGUCGUCUGGUGUUUAUCUGUCUGGCAAUCCCUGGCUGUGUGACUGUGAUACAAUGUGGCUGACCCAAUCUGUUCGGGAUACAUCCUACAAGUUCCUGUCUGAGAAUGCAUCCGAUCCAGCUUGUGCAAGUCCCUCCAAGUAUGUUGGCACCAGUCUACAGACAGCUGCCAGAGAUCUGGAGGUAGAAUGUUUGACAACAACAACAGUUGAGACCUCCACAUCACCAACAUGUCCUCUUGAAUGUUCCAGCUGUGAAACAGAUCCAGUAUCUGGCCAGAUUGUGAAGGUGGUAUGUUCAGGCAUUUCACCAAGGGCCCUACCUAACACUCUGAAGGAAAUGAUCCUAUCUGACUAUCAAGUGCGAUCGCCGACCCUUGACAGAAGUCUAUUUGCUGGCAAAGUCCUUUUGGAAACAGUGGAGCUCAAGAACUUUGGUAUUGAAUCCCUGGCAUCUGACGUGUUUUCAGAUAAUUCUAAUUUGACAGUUUUACGUCUGGAGCAAAAUCCAAUGUCUGCUCUUACAUCAAGCAUGUUUGCCAGUGUUUCCAAUCUACAGGAACUGUAUUUACAAAACAACAACAUCACAUCUGUUCCCGAUGAUAUCUUCUCCAGUUUAGGAACUUUGAAGAAACUGGGUCUUGCAGGGAACCAACUGAACACGAUAUCUGAGAAUGCAUUCCGACGUCUGAACAGUCUCCACAGUCUGGACGUCUCUGGCAACCAACUGAGACGUGUGAAUCCAACCCCGCUACAAAACAUUGUUAGUGUGAGAACCCUGAAUUUCACUGGCAACAACAUAGCUUCACUGAACGUUGGUGACUUUGCAAAUCUGUCGUCUGGUGUUUAUCUGUCUGGCAAUCCCUGGCUGUGUGACUGUGAUACAAUGUGGCUGACCCAAUCUGUUCGGGAUACAUCCUACAAGUUCCUGUCUGAGAAUGCAUCCGAUCCAGCUUGUGCAAGUCCCUCCAAGUAUGUUGGCACCAGUCUACAGACAGCUGCCAGAGAUCUGGAGGUAGAAUGUUUGACAACAACAACAGUUGAGACCUCCACAUCACCAACAUGUCCUCUUGAAUGUUCCAGCUGUGAAACAGAUCCAGUAUCUGGCCAGAUUGUGAAGGUGGUAUGUUCAGGCAUUUCACCAAGGGCCCUACCUAACACUCUGAAGGAAAUGAUCCUAUCUGACUAUCAAGUGCGAUCGCCGACCCUUGACAGAAGUCUAUUUGCUGGCAAAGUCCUUUUGGAAACAGUGGAGCUCAAGAACUUUGGUAUUGAAUCCCUGGCAUCUGACGUGUUUUCAGAUAAUUCUAAUUUGACAGUUUUACGUCUGGAGCAAAAUCCAAUGUCUGCUCUUACAUCAAGCAUGUUUGCCAGUGUUUCCAAUCUACAGGAACUGUAUUUACAAAACAACAACAUCACAUCUGUUCCCGAUGAUAUCUUCUCCAGUUUAGGAACUUUGAAGAAACUGGGUCUUGCAGGGAACCAACUGAACACGAUAUCUGAGAAUGCAUUCCGACGUCUGAACAGUCUCCACAGUCUGGACGUCUCUGGCAACCAACUGAGACGUGUGAAUCCAGCCCCGCUACAAAACAUUGUUAGUGUGAGAACCCUGAAUUUCACUGGCAACAACAUAGCUUCACUGAACGUUGGUGACUUUGCAAAUCUGGUAAAUGUACAGACUUUGUAUCUGUCAGAAAAUCAAAUUGCCGCCGUCGAUGUAGACGUAUUCCGGGGUAUGCCGUUAGAAGAACUGGACAUGAACACUAAUAUCCUUUCCGCAGUACCCUCUUCGAUUCAGGAUGUGUCCUCCACUCUGAAAAUCUUAAAACUGAGCAGGAAUCGAAUACAAAAUAUUGCAGCUGGAGAGCUGAAUAAUUUGAAUCUUGAUCUACUUGACCUGAGCAACAACUCUUUAACAUCGUUUGACACCUCUGUGAUUGGAGGUUCCCAUAUAAAUGUGACCAACCUUGAAAAUAACAACAUUGAAUCCUUCCCAGCUGAUCUAUCGACCUUCCUUUCUCAGUCGUCUGGUGUUUAUCUGUCUGGCAAUCCCUGGCUGUGUGACUGUGAUACAAUGUGGCUGACCCAAUCUGUUCGGGAUACAUCCUACAAGUUCCUGUCUGAGAAUGCAUCCGAUCCAGCUUGUGCAAGUCCCUCCAAGUAUGUUGGCACCAGUCUACAGACAGCUGCCAGAGAUCUGGAGGUAGAAUGUUUGACAACAACAACAACAACAACAGUUGAGACCUCCACAUCACCAACAUGUCCUCUUGAAUGUUCGAGCUGUGAAACAGAUCCAAUAUCUGGCCAGAUUGUGAAGGUGGUAUGUUCAGGCAUUUCACCAACGGUAGUGCCAAACGCAGUGCAGGAAAUGACGCUGUCUGAUUACGUGAUCCGAGUUCAGUCGUCCAUGUCAAUGUAUAAACCAAACGCACCUGCCAGUAGCUUGGACAUGUGCUCCAAGCUGGGAGAUUGCGUGGAUGUUUCCGAGUUCAGUGGAUCACCAAGCUACUCUCCUCUCUCUAUCAGCGAUACAGGCGAAAUAUCUGUUCAGAGCAGAUCACAGUCAGGCAGUGACAGUUAUAAUCCACCAUCUCUGAUGCCACACAGUGAUGUUUCAUCUGUGUAUAACCCGAGAGACUCAAGCCAGAUGAUCCCUCCAUCACAGACAGCAGGUGACAGUGCGGCAUCUCAGAUUUCUCAAGGACCACACAGUGAUGUUUCAUCUGAAUAUAAUCCCAGAGACUCUAGCCAGAUGAUCCUUCCAUCACAGACAGCAGGUGACAGUGCGGCAUCUCAGAUUUCUCAAGGACCACACAGUGAUGUUCCAUCUGUAUAUAAUCCCAGAGACUCAAGCCAGAUGAUCCUCCCAUCACAGACAGCAGGUGACAGUGCAGCAUCUCAGAUUUUUCAAGGACCACACAGUGAUGUUCCAUCUGUAUAUAAUCCGCGUGACUCUAGCCAGAUGAUCCUUCCAUCACAGACAGCAGGUGACAGUGCGGGAUCUCAGAUUUCUCAAGGACCACACAGUGAUGUUUCAUCUGUAUAUAAUCCGCGUGACUCUAGCCAGAUGAUCCUUCCAUCACAGACAGCAGGUGACAGUGCGGCAUCUCAGAUUUCUCAAGGACCACACAGUGAUGUUCCAUCUGUAUAUAAUCCCAGAGACUCAAGCCAGAUGAUCCUCCCAUCACAGACAGCAGGUGACAAUGCGGCAUCUCAGAUUUCUCAAGGACCACACAGUGAUGUUCCAUCUGAAUAUAAUCCACGUGACUCUAGCCAGAUGAUCCUUCCAUCACAGACAGCAAGUGACAGUGCGGCAUCUCAGAUUUCUCAAGGACCACACAGUGAUGUUUCAUCUGGAUAUAAUCCCAGAGACUCUAGCCAGAUGAUCCUUCCAUCACAGACAGCCAGUGGCACUGCGGCAUCUCAGAUUUCUCAAGGACCACACAGUGAUGUUUCAUCUGUAUAUAAUCUCAGAGACUCAAGCCAGAUGAUCCUUCCAUCACAGCCAGCGAGUGGCAGUGCGGCAUCUCAGAUUUCUCAAGGACCACACAGUGAUGUUUCAUCUGGAUAUAAUCUCAGAGACUCAAGCCAGAUGAUCCUUCCAUCACAGACAGCGAGUGGCAGUGCAGCAUCUCAGAUUUCUCAAGGACCACACAGUUAUGUUCCAUCUGUAUAUAAUCCCAGAGACUCAAGCCAGAUGAUCCUUCCAUCACAGACGGCGAGUGGCAGUGCGGCAUCUCAGAUUUCUCAAGGACCACACAGUGAUGUUUCAUCUGUAUAUAAUCCCAGAGACUCAAGCCAGAUGAUCCUUCCAUCACAAACAGCGAGUGGCAGUGCGGCAUCUCAGAUUUCUCAAGGACCACACAGUGAUGUUCCAUCUGUAUAUAAUCUAAGAGACUCUAGCCAGAUGAUCCUUCCAUCACAGACGGUGAGUGGCAGUGCGGCAUCUCAGAUUUCUCAAGGACCACACAGUGAUGUUUCAUCUGUAUAUAAUCCCAGAGACUCAAGCCAGAUGAUCCUUCCAUCACAGCCAGCGAGUGGCAGUGCGGCAUCUCAGAUUUCACAAGCACCACACAGUGAUGUUUCAUCUACAUUUAAUCCCAGAGACUCUAGUCAGAUGUCACCGUCAGCAAGUGACAAUCCGACACCUCUGGUUUCACUUGGACCAUACAAUGAUGUUUCUUCUGUUUAUUCUCCAAGGAUCUCUAGCAGUGGGACCAUCUAUCCAUCGUCAGAUUACUACUCGGGAGCUUCACAAGUGAGUCCAACAUUAACAGGUACCACAUCUUCUUUGUCACUGCCAUAUAACGGAGAAUCUGGCAUGCAGACAAACGUUCUCUCUGCUACAGAGGUACCUGGGCCUGCAAGCCCAAACCCAGCUAUGACCACGACACCUACAGUAUUUUCAUUAGCUCCAACCACAACAACGGAUGCGUUUGGGUCAUCUCCGUCUUCGUCAGUGACCACUGCUGCAACAGAUACAACAACCACCGAUUUUGCCACAACAGACUUAACUGCCACUACAGCAGACACAGCAGCUGCUACAACCACUACGGCAGACACAGCAGCCGCUACAACCACUACAGCAGACACAGCAGCCACUACAACCACUACAGCAGACCACACAGCAGCCGCCACAACCACUACAGCAGACACAGCAGCCACUACACACCACUACAGCAGCAGCGCUACAACCACUACAGCAGCAGCCGCUACAACCACUACAGCAGCCGCUACGACCACUAGCAGCCACAACCACUACAGACCACUACAGCAGACACAGCAGCGGCCACUACAACCACUACAGCAACCACUACAGCAGCCGCAACAGCACCACUACAGCAGCCACUACAACCACUACAGCAGCCGCUACAACCACUACAGCAGACACAGCAGCCACUACAACCACUACAGCAGCCGCUACAACCACUACAGCAGACACAGCAGCCGGUACAACCACUACAGCAGACACAUCAGCCGCUACAACCACUACAGCAGACACAUCAGCCGCUACAACCACUACAGCAGACACAGCAGCCGGUACAACAACAACAUCAGACACCGCAACCGCCAAGCGGCCACCAUUGCCGGAGCAGUGACAGGGAGCGUGGCGCUCAUCUCGGCGUGUGGUGCUGUAAUAUGGAGGUUCAAACUGGUGGCUAAAUUGUGUCCUAAAUCCACUGCAACGACGUCAAGUGCCCCAUCAGCCCCAUCCCAGCCUCCUACAACUACACAACCCCCGGCAGCCCAGUCGUCUGCUGCUAACAGUUCUGGCGGGAACAACAAUGGCGGUCCACAAAAUAAACCAGCCAACAAUGGCGACAAACUUAACGGCAUGCCGGAAGUCCAAGUAUAA